UGCGACGGGUGGAGGUGCCGCUGGUCAACCAGGAGGAGUGCCAGGCGUCUUACCGUCUUAUCAACAUUGUGACAGAGAGCAUGAUCUGUGCUGGCUAUUCGGAAGGUGGCAAGGGUUCCUGUAAGGGCGAUUCUGGUGGUCCCAUGGUAAAUGGGAACGGCGUGUUGGUGGGCGUGGUGUCCUGGGGCAAACCGUGCGCCUUGCCCAACUAUCCGUCCGUAUUUGCUAGAGUAUCCUAUGUUCGUGAAUGGAUCAGGAAGCACACCGGUGUUUAAUUUGCUGCCAAACUAAAUAAAUAAACUUCAGCA